CGCCCGCCGCUGAGCGCAGCCGGAGAGGAAACAAAAGUGCUGCGGGCGGGAGACUCGGCGGCGGCUGCGCGUACCCUGCUCGGCCUCCCGGUUACCCUCGCCUCUCCCCGUGUGUGUGCGUGUGUGUGUGUGCGCGCGCGAGCGUGCUUUCUUACAAAGGGCAUUCUGCCAUCGAUCGAUUGAUUCGUAGUCCUCCCCCCUUUGCUCUUUGUGCCGUAACCCCGCUGCCGCCAUCCCAGGUGCUUUUCCCACCCCACGCCGGCCUCUGUUUGCGAGCGCGGGUCGCCGGUUUGUGCCUUGGGUCCCGGCUUCGCCCCUGCAGCCCCUUCAAGUGCUGGUGCCGCCCGCGGCCUCCCCGCCGAUCGCCCCACCGCCCGCCAUGGCGACCGCGACCCCCGUGCCGCCGCGGACGGGCAGCCGCGCCGGCGGCCCCGCCACGCCGCUGAGCCCCACGCGGCUGUCACGGCUGCAGGAGAAAGAGGAGCUGCGCGAGCUCAACGACCGGCUGGCGGUGUACAUCGACAAGGUGCGCAGUCUGGAGACGGAGAACAGCGCGCUGCAGCUGCAGGUGACGGAGCGCGAGGAGGUGCGCGGCCGCGAGCUCACCGGGCUCAAGGCACUCUACGAGACGGAGCUGGCCGACGCGCGACGCGCGCUCGACGACACGGCCCGCGAGCGCGCCAAGCUGCAGAUCGAGCUGGGCAAGUGCAAGGCCGAGCACGACCAGCUGCUCCUCAAUUAUGCUAAGAAAGAAUCUGAUCUUAAUGGAGCCCAGAUCAAGCUUCGUGAGUAUGAAGCAGCACUGAACUCUAAAGAUGCAGCUCUGGCUACUGCCCUUGGUGACAAAAAGAGUUUAGAGAGUGACUUGGAGGAUCUGAAGGAUCAGAUUGCCCAGUUGGAAGCCUCCUUAGCUGCUGCCAAGAAACAGUUAGCAGAUGAAACUUUACUUAAAGUAGAUUUGGAGAAUCGUUGUCAGAGCCUCACGGAGGAUUUGGAAUUCCGUAAAAACAUGUACGAAGAGGAGAUCAAUGAGACUCGAAGGAAGCAUGAAACACGCUUGGUGGAGGUAGAUUCUGGGCGUCAAAUUGAGUACGAGUAUAAGCUGGCUCAAGCCCUUCAUGAGAUGAGAGAGCAGCAUGAUGCCCAAGUGAGGCUGUACAAGGAAGAGCUGGAGCAGACUUACCAUGCCAAACUUGAGAACGCCAGGCUGUCCUCAGAGAUGAAUACUUCCACCGUCAACAGUGCCAGGGAAGAACUGAUGGAGAGUCGAAUGAGAAUCGAGAGCCUUUCAUCUCAACUUUCUAAUCUACAGAAAGAGUCUAGAGCAUGUUUGGAAAGGAUUCAAGAGUUAGAGGACUUACUUGCUAAAGAAAGAGACAACUCUCGUCGCAUGCUGUCUGACAAAGAGCGGGAGAUGGCGGAAAUAAGGGACCAGAUGCAGCAGCAGCUGAACGAUUACGAGCAGCUUCUUGAUGUGAAGCUGGCACUGGACAUGGAAAUCAGUGCUUACCGGAAGCUCUUAGAAGGGGAAGAAGAGAGGUUGAAGCUCUCCCCAAGCCCUUCUUCCCGGGUGACAGUGUCCCGAGCAUCCUCAAGUCGCAGUGUCCGCACAACCAGAGGAAAGCGGAAGAGAGUCGAUGUGGAGGAGUCAGAAGCCAGCAGUAGUGUCAGCAUCUCUCAUUCCGCCUCAGCCACUGGGAACGUGUGCAUCGAAGAGAUAGAUGUUGAUGGAAAGUUUAUUCGCUUGAAGAAUACUUCUGAACAGGAUCAACCAAUGGGAGGCUGGGAGAUGAUCAGGAAAAUCGGAGACACAUCAGUCAGUUACAAAUAUACCUCACGAUACGUGCUAAAGGCAGGCCAGACUGUUACAAUUUGGGCUGCAAAUGCUGGUGUCACAGCCAGUCCACCCACUGACCUCAUCUGGAAGAACCAGAAUUCUUGGGGCACUGGUGAAGAUGUGAAGGUUAUCUUGAAAAAUUCUCAGGGAGAGGAGGUUGCUCAAAGAAGUACAGUCUUUAAAACAACCAUACCUGAAGAGGAAGAGGAAGAAGAGCCAGUUGGAGUGGUUGUUGAGGAAGAACUUUUCCACCAGCAGGGAAGCCCAAGAGCAUCCAAUAGAAGCUGCGCAAUUAUGUAAACUCGGACAGUUGUCUUCCUUGAGAUAAGAAGUAUGGUAAUCCUUACCUAUAUGCAGUGCAGAGCCUUCUCAGAAGCACAGAAUAUUUUUAUAUUUCCUUUAUGUGAAUUUUUAAGCUGCGAAUCUGAUGGCCUUAAUUUCCUUUUCAACACUGAAAGUUUUGUAAAAGAAAUCAUAUCCAUACACUUUGUGCAAGAUGUGAAUUAUUGACACUGAAAUAACUGUGUACUGUUUGCAAAGGGUCCCUCUUUUUUUUUUUGGCUUUUUUAUAUGUGUGUGUGUAAUUUUUUUUUUUUUUAAGUUCUUAGGUCAAGGGGAAGGGGAGGGUAAAUAAACCACUGUAUGUCUGGGUAUAAUUUGAAGAUUGCUCCAUCUAGAAUAGCAAUCUGCUCUUGAUUAUUCUCUGCUAUAUAUAAAACGGUGCUGUGAGGGAGGGGGAAAGCAUUUUUCAAUAUAUUGAACUUUUGUACUGAAUUUUUUUGUAUAAGCAAUCAAGGUUACAAAUUUUUUUUAAUAGAAAAGAGAAAUUUUGUAAGAAGGCAAUGUUAACCUAAUCAUCAUGUAAGCACUCUGUAUGAAGGAUUCCGCAAAACUUUGUUUUAUGGUUACUUCUCUUAGAUUCUGAAUUCAUGAGGGGAGUGGGACAAGGGCAGGGAGGCAGGGUGGGGGAAGGGUUUCUCUAUUACAGUGCAUUAGUUGUGUUUUUUAAGAUAGUGUAACAUGCUUAAAUUUCUUAUGUGACAUUAACAAAUAAAAAAAAGAUGUUUUACUAUUAA